AGAGUGCCACGUCAGCAGAGUGCCACGUCAGCUGUAACGUGAAGCCGGACACUAAAUGCGCCGCAGCCAACGAUUGGCAGAGCGCGAAUCUAAGUCCGCCAAGCCCCAACAGGGAUCCAAGGCACCACAGCUCCCGCACAAGCGACGCACAGCCAUGGCUGCAGCAGCCGGCCACGCCGACAGCAACAUGUCGGGCAGUCCCAAGAGGCCGGUUCCCCCUCCUGUGCCAGUUCAACGGGCAGAUGAAGACGCACUCGCGUUUCUCGAGCGUCUCCAACACUAUACGGAGACCAAUGCCACCGAACUCCGCACAUGGGAGAAGGAGAAUGCCGCCCGACGGGAAGCCAUCCAACUUCAACAAGAAGCGGAACAGGCAGCACAUCAGCAGGCCGGUGCCGAUUCUGCAGCAGCCGCAAGGCAGCAGCAGCAGCAGCUCGAGGCAAGUCAGACUCAGGCUCGGUUCCAGGCUGCCAUGAACCUUCUCAACGAAGAAGCUGCAUACGGCAGAGUACUUCGACAGCAGCACUUCCGAGCAACUGAGGAGCAAGACGAACCAACCGAGGACGAGAGAAAUAGAGAAACUACAGCAGUCUUGAUUGAGAACCUGCUAUACACGUGCAAUUGGCAACAAAGGGAACUGUUGGCUAUGCGGCAGGUCCUCAUCCGCCAUGAAGGCAACUUCAAGGCAAUGGACCAGCACAUCACGGCCCUGCAGGCCGACACCGGCAUGCUGCAGGCCGCCGACAGCCAACAGCAGGCCAUCAACGACCGACUGCAGGACUCCCUCGAUGAGCGGAUCAAUCACAUUGUCACAUCCCUGGGCGACAUCAGCAAGUUUGCUGGAGCGUCGACAGUCAGCAAUCAGCUGCAGACGCUCAGCGACCGCGUCGACCAACGACCGACCGCUGCCGCCAAGGAAUGGAAAAUGUCGAACUUCAAGAUCGAGAAGUUCGACGAUUACCACAAGACGGAUCCGCUGCAAUGGUGGAUGGCGUUUAACACAGAGGCCGACGUACAUCAUACUCCGCCCUUACGGCGGAUGGACACAUUGUACCUCCAACUUAUAGGUGGGGCGCAACAAUUCAUGACGCACAUGGCCGUCACGCUAGAAUGUACCAUCGCCACCCUCCACACGAAGAUCAUGUGGGAGGAGUUUGAAAAGAAGUGGAAGACCCGGUUCAUGGUGAACAACGACAAGCGUCGCCUUGAACAAGAUCUUCCACAUCUUCCAAGGCCAACAACCUUCGCGGGAAUGGCUGACGGAGUGGCAAAGACUCGUCGCCACCCCGGAGUUGAACCUGCCGUUCGACUCAAUCCGAGCAUUCGCCAAUCCAUCCAGCGGAACGACAUCGAGGAGAUGGGCAUAUGUUUUCUUCACGCCCUCCCACCCGGUGAUCAGCUCAAGACGGAUACGUCGGACCCACACAUCAUUGAGCUGUUGGACAACUAUGAGGAUGUCUUUCAAGCUCCCGCCGGAGUCAUACCGGAUCGGCCCAUAUGCCACGGGAUCACUCUCGAGGACGGCGCCGUACCUCCGCGCGGAUGUAUCUACCGCAUGAGCGAAGAAGAACUACAAGUGCUUCGGGCACAACUAGACGACCUCUUAGCCAAGGGCUGGAUUCGCCCUAGCUGUUUGCCAUACGGUGCUCUUGUUCUCUUCGUCCGGAAGAAGAACAAGGACCUCCGUUUGUGCAUCGACUACCGAAAACUUAACGCACAAACGAUCAAGAACGCCGACCCUCUCCCUCGGAUCGAUGAUCUUCUCGAGCGACUAGUCGGCGCCAAGUACUUCUCGAAGCUUGGGCUCAAGUCCGGUUAUCACCAGAUCGAGAUUCAGCCAAGAGAUCGGUACAAAACCGCUUUCAAGACGCGGUAUGGGCACUUUGAGUGGAUCGUCAUGCCUUUCGGUCUCACCAAUGCCCCAGCUACUUUCCAAGCGGCUAUGACGACGGAAUUCCUCGACGUACUCGACCGCCCCGUACUCAUUUACCUCGACGACAUCUUGGUUUAUAGUCGGUCGUUGGACGAGCAUCUCGAGCACCUUCGCGCCAUUUUGGAGCGGCUUCAUAUCGCCAAGUACAAGGCAAACCGCGACAAGUGCGAGUUUGCCCAGCAAGAGCUGGAGUACUUGGGCCAUUACGUCACGCCGCAAGGCAUUCGUCCGCUCGCGGACAAGGUACAAGCUAUUCAAGAUUGGCCGGACCUCAAGUGUACUACCGACGUCCGCUCCUUUCUCGGCUUGGCAUCGCACUACAUGCGCUUCGUCAAAGGAUUUCAACGCAUCGCUGCACCAUUGUCGCGACUUCAGUCCCCCUUGGUGCGCUUCGAGUUCAGUGACGAGGCCCGACAUGCGUUUCACACGCUGAAGACGGCUUUGCUUCAAGCUCCCGUCUUAAGCAUCUAUAACCCGACGUUGCCUACCAAAGUGACUACGGACGCUUUCGGUUAUGGCAUUGGCGCGGUUUGGAACAGCAUGACGGCACAGACUGGCAUCCGGUUGAGUACUUCAGCCAAAAGAUGUACAUUUUUGUUGUCGCUUCAUGGACAGCGAGGUGCAACUUCCAGUACCAUGCCAUGGCUUCAUUUCUGCAGGGUGUUUGAUCAGUUUGGCCUUGGAUACUAUCCGUGACACUGCAACGAGUCGAACGGGCAAUCUCAGACUUAAUAGCAGGAUAAUGUCUUUGCCUCUGCAACUGUUACACUGUUCAAGAGUGGAACCAUACCAGUAGUGAUGUCCACCCCACUCAUGCGUCCCUUCUGCUUCAUGACACGACUUGAAACCAUCCAGCUGGCAGCAGCACAGCCUUCCAUACGGGCAUUCUCCUCAACAGUCUGACUGCUUGUGGAUGCAGCCACAAAAUCCGAACAUUCUCUAGGCCAAUUACUAUGCUGGUGACUGAUCCAGCUUCAAGGGUCUGUCUACAUAUCAGAGGUCACAUGCUGGAGGAGUGAAAAGAAAUUAAGUGCCCGCAGAGCCGGUUACAGUGUGGUGCAUUAAUGAAGGGAGAAAAGGGAUUUGACUCAUUUGAGCCCUUCAACCUAUGGCUUUGGGGACCAUUGCUCUAGCAUUCCAACUGUUCUCCUCACACAACAAAGGCUGAUUGGUUACUGUCCACUGGAAGUGACUGUUGGGGCUCAUUACUUCAGGAUUAGGUUGCUGCCACUGUGCUUUUGCGCGGAUUUGCAUGGGUCGCUUGCUGGGAUUAGCUCAGUGUGUGGAUGCGAUGGUUUAUUGAUGUGUUCACAAGGCGUGUUGCUCUGCUGGGUUGUUGCGUGCCAUAAGGCGUUAAACAGAUGCUGUGGUAGAAGUAAAUUAUCACAGAUUUUGUGCAAAAUAGACCAGGCCAAUGAACUCUUUUGCCUCUUGUGUGUGACAAGCAGCUAAACAUAUUGUCUCUGCUGCACUCAGAGGGCUCAACUGAAGGGAUCUGCGUAGGAAAAAUAGUGUGAGAUAUCCCAAAGGUUUUGUCAUAUGGUUCUGCCAUAUGGAGAAGGCGCUUUGCAGUAUGUAUUAUAUUGCCCUUUCAUGGAUAAGAAGCAAUUAAGACGAGGAUGAAGGAGGGGAAGGUGGAACGGAGAGCAGUGGAAGGCACGAGAGGAAAAAGGUGCUCCAAGAACAGGCUGCACUUUAUUCUUAGGCCCAUCCAAUAAAACCAUCGUGCAGCAGCCACACAUAGACUUGGCACAGGCGCAGCAAGAGUGAUGGGACAGAUUGGGCAGGGGAUUGUUUCACCCAUUCUUGACUACCGGUAGUAGGGACUGCACACUAGGUUGAAACCCUGGGUUUGGGGCUGCUGGUGUUGUAUGCAAGUUGUGUAGAUUGGAUUGUGAACUGGGGUUUUCUGCUGGAGGUGUGUUUGUGAACUGCAGUAUCCUUUUGAGCUCAUAGUGCAUGUUCUGCUUUCCAUUAUCCCCAUCUGUCCUCUUGAUCAUACUUUUUGACUGCCUUUCUUGGCCUCCAUCCACCAAUGUCCUCUAGGGAGCAAUUCUGUUUACAUUCCCAUCUUAUGAAUGUGCAAUCAGACUCGCUUUCAUUCACACGCAAUUGUUUGCAUGCAUGAGAGUGUGAAUGAAAGCGAGUCUGAUUGCAUCAAACUGUUUGCAUGCAUGUAAAGUGUGAAUGAAAGCGAGGCUGAUUGCAAAUGAAUGACUUCAGGUGGU